GUUAGACGUGCACAUUAAAAUAACACCUUCUGAAAGGAUCUGAAGAAGUGAGGGUCAGCUGGAAGAGGUUGAAUUUAGACUGGGCAUCAUGUCUCUGCGGGCCUUAAGGAAGCUCCAGGGCGGACGAGGAGAGCUUGACUUCCCAAACAACGUCUCAGAGGAAGAAGAGGAGGAGGAGGAGGAGGAGACCCAAAAUGAGGGCCCUAAAGACGUCCCCAUUGUGGCCUCCAAAGGGCAAAAUAGGUUUGAAAUGCUGCUGCAAGGCUCCCCCUCAGAAUCUGAGGUGAAGGAAGAUGAUGACUUGACAGAGACAGGAGAUGGUAGGGAAGAAGGGAGGCAGAAUGGAACUUCCCCCCAACCACCAGUUGCCUCAGGUGCUCGGCGGAAACGCAGGAAGAAGAAGAAGAAAGGGAGGCCAAAGUUUCCAGCCAGUAGCGAAGAUCAGAUGGAUAAUGACGAUGUAGAUGACAUAGACUCAAUAAUUCAAGAAGUGAAUGCUAUCACGGGUGAAACCGGAGUUCAAUUACGAGUUGAGAAGAAUACAG